AUGACCUGCGAGAAUGGCAUGCAUGGUCUAUAUCAAUAUGUCGAUGACAUAGACAUUGUUGGUCGCACUGUCGUCCAUAUUGCACACUACCCUACAGGUUACCAGAAAAUCUGCAGCAGCAACCUGGCAGAUUUCUCCGAUAUCUUUAGUGUAUCGGGCCAGGAGGCCUCAACCAUCCCGCAGUCGUGGAUUGGCUCUGAGUCUGCCUAUAUCAAUGUACCGGGCCCAAGCAGCGCCGUUGGAUUACAAGCAGUCAUGCCUGCCAAUCCUCCAACAAAACGUGUUGUAGGUCGUAGUCUCCACAGGAUCAUGAUGGCGUGCCCCCAGUGGCGGUACCCGCUUGCCUACCUUUGGGUAUUCAUCAGGAUUGCAAUGUGCUCCAGUGGCACGCAAAACCCACACCUGCUCACUAGCCAACGCGCUCAAAGGCAGCAGGUAAUCGACCAACUCUGGCCCAUUAGUCUGACAAAGACGAAUGUCGCUCCUUCGUCCUUGGAAACUGUUCUUUCUAAAACUAACAAGAAGCCUAUUUCUGAACACGAGAUAUUGGGCCUUACUUCUGCAUGGUUUUCGCAGUUUUUUUAUGAUGUGAGACGCACGCUGGGCUACAUCAUCGAUGACUCUCAUGCUGGCCUGGGUUUCGGCGAUGGUGUGUUUGGCGAUGUUCUGAUGGACAAAAUCCUGGAUGCCCUGCAGAUGUUCCUAAGACCACAUGCGCACCUUCUCCCUCUUGCAAUGGCCAAGGAGAACAUGUGCGGUGUUCGAUUGACCAUUGCUGAUCUUGAGUCUGUGAUGUUUAAGCAUGCUCCACACCCCCCAUGGGAGACAACAGUGUUCCUCAGGUCGUCUUUAUAUCAGGUUUUACUACAAAGACUUGUCAACAGCUCAAGCGAUCCCAUUUCCCUGGCAGAUUAUCCGACACCCAGCCAGAUUUUCAUGGAAUUGAAAGAGACAGGUCCUAUGCUCUUCCAACAGCAUGAUGAUCCCGACAUCCAGCCAUUCAGGCAGGCUCUGAGGAGCUUAUGUGUAAUAACCGAGACUGACGUCCUUCAUAUUACCCGCCCAAGCAACCAGCCUUCUGUGCUGCGUGUGUAG